CACAUGACGAUGUCGUUGUUUGCCCGUGAAAAACUGUCUAUGCACCUGCGGCACAGAAUGGGGGUGUUUGUGAGCAGAGUGAAAGCAACGGAGCUCAUGGCCAAUCUCCCUUGCCUUACACCUUCUGACAGGGUGAGUAGCUUCUGGCUGGGUGAGUAGCUUCUGGCUGGGUGAGUAGCUUCUGGCUGGGUGAGUAGCUUCUGGCUGGGUGAGUAGCUUCUGGCUGGGUGAGUAGCUUCCGGCAGGGUGAGUAGCUUCUGGCAGGGUCAGUAGCUUGGUGAGUAGCUUCUGGCAGGGUGAGUAGCUUCUGGCUGGGUGAGUAGCUUCUGGCUGGGUGAGUAGCUUCUGGCUGGGUGAGUAGCUUGGUCAGUAGCUUCUGGCUGGGUGAGUAGCUUCUGGCUGGGUGAGUAGCUUCUGGCUGGGUGAGUAGCUUCUGGCUGGGUGAGUAGCUUCUGGCUGGGUGAGUAGCUUCUGGCUGGGUCAGUAGCUUGGUGAGUAGCUUCUGGCUGGGUGAGUAGCUUCUGGCAGGGUGAGUAGCUGGGUGAGUAGCUUCUGGCAGGGUGAGUAGCUGGGUGAGUAGCUUCUGGCAGGGUGAGUAGCUUCUGGCAGGGAGAGUAGCUUCUGGCAGGGUGAGUAGCUUCUGGCAGGGUGAGUAGCUUCUGGCUGGGUGAGUAGCUUCUGGCUGGGUGAGUAGCUUCUGGCAGGGUGAGUAGCUUCUGGCAGGGUCAGUAGCUGGGUGAGUAGCUUCUGGCAGGGUGAGUAGCUUCUGGCAGGGUGAGUAGCUUCUGGCAGGGUGAGUAGCUUCUGGCAGGGUGAGUAUCUUCUGGCAGGAUGAGUAGCUUCUGGCAGGGUGAGUAGCUUCUGGCAGGGUCAGUAGCUGGGUGAGUAGCUUCUGGCAGGGUCAGUAGCUGGGUGAGUAGCUUCUGGCAGGGUCAGUAGCUGGGUGAGUAGCUUCUGGCAGGGUCAGUAGCUGGGUGAGUAGCUUCUGGCAGGGUCAGUAGCUGGGUGAGUAGCUUCUGGCAGGGUCAGUAGCUGGGUGAGUAGCUUCUGGCAGGGUCAGUAGCUGGGUGAGUAGCUUCUGGCAGGGUGAGUAGCUUCUGGCAGGGUCAGUAGCUGGGUGAGUAGCUUCUGGCAGGGUGAGUAGCUUCUGGCAGGGUCAUUAGCUUCUGGCAGGGUGAGUAGCUGGGUGAGUAGCUUCUGGCAGGGUGAGUAGCUUCUGGCAGGGUCAGUAGCUGGGUGAGUAGCUUCUGGCAGGGUGAGUAGCUGGGUGAGUAGCUUCUGGCAGGGUGAGUAGCUUCUGGCAGGGUGAGUAGCUUCUGGCAGGGUCAGUAGCUGGGUGAGUAGCUUCUGGCAGGGUGAGUAGCUUCUGGCAGGGUCAGUAGCUGGGUGAGUAGCUUCUGGCAGGGUCAGUAGCUGGGUGAGUAGCUUCUGGCAGGGUCAGUAGCUGGGUGAGUAGCUUCUGGCAGGGUGAGUAGCUUCUGGCAGGGUCAGUAGCUGGGUGAGUAGCUUCUGGCAGGGUGAGUAGCUUCUGGCAGGGUCAGUAGCUGGGUGAGUAGCUUCUGACAGUGUGAGUAGCUGGGUGAGUAGCUUCUGGCAGGGUCAGUAGCUGGGUGAGUAGCUUCUGGCAGGGUCAGUAGCUGGGUGAGUAGCUUCUGACAGGGUUAGUAGCUUCUGGCAGGGUCAGUAGCUGGGUGAGUAGCUUCUGUCAGGGUCAGUAGCUGGGUGAGUAGCUUCUGGCAGGGUCAGUAGCUGGGUGAGUAGCUUCUGACAGGGUUAGUAGCUUCUGGCAGGGUGAGUAGCUUCUGGCAGGGUCAGUAGCUGGGUGAGUAGCUUCUGGCAGGGUGAGUAGCUGGGUGAGUAGCUUCUGGCAGGGUGAGUAGCUGGGUGAGUAGCUUCUGGCAGGGUGAGUAGCUUCUGGCUGGGUGAGUAGCUUCUGGCAGGGUCAGUAGCUGGGUGAGUAGCUUCUGGCAGGGUCAGUAGCUGGGUGAGUAGCUUCUGGCAGGGUCAGUAGCUGGGUGAGUAGCUUCUGGCAGGGUGAGUAGCUUCUGGCAGGGUCAAUAGCUGGGUGGGUAGCUUCUGGCAGGGUCAGUAGCUUCUGGCAGGGUGAGUAGCUUCUGGCAGGGUCAGUAGCAGGGUGAGUAGCUUCCGGCAGGGUGAGUAGCUUCCGGCAGGGUGAGUAGCUUCUGGCAGGGUGAGUAGCUUCUGGCAGGGUGAGUAGCAGGGUGAGUAGCUUCCGGCAGGGUGAGUAGCUUCUGGCAGGGUGAGUAGCUUCUGGCAGGGUGAGUAGCAGGGUGAGUAGCUUCUGGCAGGGUGAGUAGGCAGGGUGAGUAGCUUCUGGCAGGGUGAGUAGCUUCUGGCAGGGUCAGUAGCAGGGUGAGUAGCUUCUGGCAGGGUGAGUAGCUGGGUGAGUAGCUUCUGGCAGGGUGAGUAGCUUCUGGCAGGGUCAGUAGCUGGGUGAGUAGCUUCUGGCAGGGUCAGUAGCUUCUGGCAGGGUGAGUAGCUUCUGGCAGGGUCAGUAGCAGGGUGAGUAGCUUCCGGCAGGGUGAGUAGCUUCUGGCAGGGUGAGUAGCUUCUGGCAGGGUGAGUAGCAGGGUGAGUAGCUUCUGGCAGGGUGAGUAGGCAGGGUGAGUAGCUUCUGGCAGGGUGAGUAGCUGGGUGAGUAGCUUCUGGCAGGGUGAGUAGCUGGGUGAGUAGCUUCUGGCAGGGUGAGUAGCUUCUGGCUGGGUGAGUAGCUUCUGGCAGGGUCAGUAGCUGGGUGAGUAGCUUCUGGCAGGGUCAGUAGCUGGGUGAGUAGCUUCUGGCAGGGUGAGUAGCUUCUGGCAGGGUCAGUAGCUGGGUGGGUAGCUUCUGGCAGGGUCAGUAGCUUCUGGCAGGGUGAGUAGCUUCUGGCAGGGUCAGUAGCAGGGUGAGUAGCUUCCGGCAGGGUGAGUAGCUUCUGGCAGGGUGAGUAGCUUCUGGCAGGGUGAGUAGCAGGGUGAGUAGCUUCCGGCAGGGUGAGUAGCUUCUGGCAGGGUGAGUAGCUUCUGGCAGGGUGAGUAGCAGGGUGAGUAGCUUCUGGCAGGGUGAGUAGGCAGGGUGAGUAGCUUCUGGCAGGGUCAGUAGCUUGGUGAGUAGCUUCUGGCAGGGUGAGUAGCUUCUGGCUGGGUGAGUAGCUUCUGGCUGGGUGAGUAGCUUCUGGCUGGGUGAGUAGCUUCUGGCUGGGUGAGUAGCUUCUGGCUGGGUGAGUAGCUUGGUGAGUAGCUUCUGGCUGGGUGAGUAUCUUCUUGCUGGGUGAGUAGCUUCUGGCUGGGUGAGUAGCUUCUGGCUGGGUGAGUAGCUUCUGGCUGGGUGAGUAGCUUCUGGCAGGGUGAGUAGCUUGGUGAGUAGCUUCUGGCUGGGUGAGUAGCUUCUGGCAGGGUGAGUAGCUGGGUGAGUAGCUUCUGGCAGGGUGAGUAGCUGGGUGAGUAGCUUCUGGCAGGGUGAGUAGCUUCUGGCAGGGAGAGUAGCUUCUGGCAGGGUGAGUAGCUUCUGGCAGGGUGAGUAGCUUCUGGCUGGGUGAGUAGCUUCUGGCUGGGUGAGUAGCUUCUGGCAGGGUCAGUAGCUGGGUGAGUAGCUUCUGGCAGGGUGAGUAGCUUCUGGCAGGGUGAGUAUCUUCUGGCAGGAUGAGUAGCUUCUGGCAGGGUGAGUAGCUUCUGGCAGGGUCAGUAGCUGGGUGAGUAGCUUCUGGCAGGGUCAGUAGCUGGGUGAGUAGCUUCUGGCAGGGUCAGUAGCUGGGUGAGUAGCUUCUGGCAGGGUCAGUAGCUGGGUGAGUAGCUUCUGGCAGGGUCAGUAGCUGGGUGAGUAGCUUCUGGCAGGGUCAGUAGCUGGGUGAGUAGCUUCUGGCAGGGUGAGUAGCUUCUGGCAGGGUCAGUAGCUGGGUGAGUAGCUUCUGGCAGGGUGAGUAGCUUCUGGCAGGGUCAUUAGCUUCUGGCAGGGUGAGUAGCUGGGUGAGUAGCUUCUGGCAGGGUGAGUAGCUUCUGGCAGGGUCAGUAGCUGGGUGAGUAGCUUCUGGCAGGGUGAGUAGCUUCUGGCAGGGUCAGUAGCUGGGUGAGUAGCUUCUGGCAGGGUGAGUAGCUGGGUGAGUAGCUUCUGGCAGGGUGAGUAGCUUCUGGCAGGGUGAGUAGCUUCUGGCAGGGUCAGUAGCUGGGUGAGUAGCUUCUGGCAGGGUGAGUAGCUUCUGGCAGGGUCAGUAGCUGGGUGAUUAGCUUCUGGCAGGGUCAGUAGCUGGGUGAGUAGCUUCUGGCAGGGUCAGUAGCUGGGUGAGUAGCUUCUGGCAGGGUGAGUAGCUUCUGGCAGGGUCAGUAGCUGGGUGAGUAGCUUCUGGCAGGGUGAGUAGCUUCUGGCAGGGUCAGUAGCUGGGUGAGUAGCUUCUGACAGUGUGAGUAGCUGGGUGAGUAGCUUCUGGCAGGGUCAGUAGCUGGGUGAGUAGCUUCUGGCAGGGUCAGUAGCUGGGUGAGUAGCUUCUGACAGGGUUAGUAGCUUCUGGCAGGGUCAGUAGCUGGGUGAGUAGCUUCUGUCAGGGUCAGUAGCUGGGUGAGUAGCUUCUGGCAGGGUCAGUAGCUGGGUGAGUAGCUUCUGACAGGGUUAGUAGCUUCUGGCAGGGUGAGUAGCUUCUGGCAGGGUCAGUAGCUGGGUGAGUAGCUUCUGGCAGGGUGAGUAGCUGGGUGAGUAGCUUCUGGCAGGGUGAGUAGCUGGGUGAGUAGAUUCUGGCAGGGUGAGUAGCUUCUGGCUGGGUGAGUAGCUUCUGGCAGGGUCAGUAGCUGGGUGAGUAGCUUCUGGCAGGGUCAGUAGCUGGGUGAGUAGCUUCUGGCAGGGUCAGUAGCUGGGUGAGUAGCUUCUGGCAGGGUGAGUAGCUUCUGGCAGGGUCAGUAGCUGGGUGGGUAGCUUCUGGCAGGGUCAGUAGCUUCUGGCAGGGUGAGUAGCUUCUGGCAGGGUCAGUAGCAGGGUGAGUAGCUUCCGGCAGGGUGAGUAGCUUCUGGCAGGGUGAGUAGCAGGGUGAGUAGCUUCCGGCAGGGUGAGUAGCUUCUGGCAGGGUGAGUAGCUUCUGGCAGGGUGAGUAGCAGGGUGAGUAGCUUCUGGCAGGGUGAGUAGGCAGGGUGAGUAGCUUCUGGCAGGGUGAGUAGCUUCUGGCAGGGUCAGUAGCAGGGUGAGUAGCUUCUGGCAGGGUGAGUAGCUGGGUGAGUAGCUUCUGGCAGGGUGAGUAGCUUCUGGCAGGGUCAGUAGCUGGGUGAGUAGCUUCUGGCAGGGUCAGUAGCUUCUGGCAGGGUGAGUAGCUUCUGGCAGGGUCAGUAGCAGGGUGAGUAGCUUCCGGCAGGGUGAGUAGCUUCUGGCAGGGUGAGUAGCUUCUGGCAGGGUGAGUAGCAGGGUGAGUAGCUUCUGGCAGGGUGAGUAGGCAGGGUGAGUAGCUUCUGGCAGGGUGAGUAGCUUCUGGCAGGGUCAGUAGCUGGGUGAGUAGCUUCUGGCAGGGUCAGUAGCUUCUGGCAGGGUGAGUAGCUUCUGGCAGGGUCAGUAGCUGGGUGAGUAGCUUCUGGCAGGGUCAGUAGCUUCUGGCAGGGUGAGUAGCUUCUGGCAGGGUCAGUAGCAGGGUGAGUAGCUUCUGGCAGGGUCAGUAGCAGGGUGUGUAGCUUCUGGCAGGGUGAGUAGCUUCUGGCAGGGUGAAUAGCUUCUGGCAGGGUGAGUAGCAGGGUGAGUAGCUUCUGGCAGGGUGAGUAGCUUCUGGCAGGGUGAGUAGCAGGGUGAGUAGCUUCUGGCAGGGUGAGUAGCUGGGUGAGUAGCUUCUGGCAGGGUGAGUAGCUUCUGGCAGGGUGAGUAGCUUCUGGCAGGGUGAGUAGCAGGGUGAGUAGCUUCUGGCAGGGUGAGUAGCUUCUGGCAGGGUGAGUAGCAGGGUGAGUAGCUUCUGGCAGGGUGAGUAGCAGGGUGAGUAGCUUCUGGCAGGGUGAGUAGCUUCUGGCAGGGUGAGUAGCUGGGUGAGUAGCUUCUGGCAGGGUGAGUAGCUGGGUGAGUAGCUUCUGGCAGGGUGAGUAGCUUCUGGCAGGGUGAGUAGCUUCUGGCAGGGUGAGUAGCUGGGUGAGUAGCUUCUGGCAGGGUGAGUAGCUGGGUGAGUAGCUUCUGACAGGGUGAGUAGCUUCUGGCAGGGUGAGUAGCUGGGAGAGUAGCUUCUGACAGGGUGAGUAGCUGGGUGAGUAGCUUCUGACAGGGUGAGUAGCUUCUGGCAGGGUCAGUAGCUGGGUGAGUAGCUUCUGGCAGGGUGAGUAGCUCGGUGUUUAGCUUCUGGCAGGGUGAGUAGCUUCUGGCAGGGUCAGUAGCUGGGUGAGUAGCUUCUGGCAGGGUGAGUAGCUUCUGGCUGGGUGAGUAGCUGGGUGGAUGUUGUUGGUCAUUUAGGACAUGUUUUAUUCAGAUUAUCAAUCCAAUUAUUACAAUAUUUUUAUUUUUAUCUGAUGUAUAAUCUGAACCAGAUUAUGUACCUGGUAAAUAAAUAUAUGAACUAUAUUUUCUAAUGUGUUUUAAUUAAACAAAUAUCCUUCAUUGUACUUUCAGGAGGAGAUCCAGGCCAAGAAGGACUUCUCUGGUAACUAUGCGGCGAUUCAACUCCUGCUGGACUAUGUGCAGAAGAGAAUGAACUGGCCAGAAGAGUUGAUAUCAGCCCUGGUGGUUUUGGAACAUCAGGACCUGGCUGAUGAACUGAGGGCAGAGUGGAACAAGCACAACCAGAACAGUACGUCACCAUCAAAUCAAACUUUAUUUAAAGUGCAUUUAAAACUGGACACUAGGAUCUCUGUUGUGACUCAGUUCAACAUUGUGGAUAUGAUGAGAGAGGACAUGUGUUUUUUUGUGUGGGCUGUUGCUCAAUAAACAGUUGACGUAUUUGAAUGCUGUCCAGAACUGUGUUUUGGGGUGAAUAAAGCAAAUCCAAUGUUUCUUCCAUCAUGUUUCACCAUUACAAUAAAUGUCAAACGGAACAUGGUGCUCAUUAUGUGUUAGUAAUGGUGACAUGCCUCAAUCUGCUACUGUUUCUCUUACUUCCAUAGAUCCCUCACCUCCUUCAGCUGCUGUAAUCAGGGCCCAUGUUCAUCCAGCUCCUUCUACCAGCCCAGAGAGCUCUGAGGGGUCCCCAUCUUCUCUGGUCCUCCCAGCUCAGCCAGCCCCACCAGAGGUAGCUGUCCCCCCUGUGGAAGCCCCACCUGAAAAUUCACCCCAUCCUAAAGUAGCCCCAGAGGCUUCGCCACCUCCUGUGGUGGCUGCCCAGCCAGAAGCCCCCCCAAGCUCAGUUCCUGAGGCUCCCGUGGCUGUCUCCUCUUCAGAGCCAGCCCCACAGGCUCCCGAAGCAGCAGUGAGCCCUGAAAUAGCCUCAGAGGCAGCACCUUCCGCUGUCGCUGCCCCUCAAGCAGAGCCCCAAGCAGCCCCGUCUCCUGUCUCAGCGGAGGAGCCCACAGUGAUCUCUGUACCUCCAGUCUCCCACUCUGAAGAAGCUGCCUCAUCCCAGCCUGGUCAUAUUGAAACUGUCAGUCUGGGGGACAACUCAUCUCACGGUGAUGCUGCAACACAGAUGGCCCUGUCUGAAACCACUCCCACGUUGCCUGUCUCAGACCUAGCCCUGUCCCAAACUGAAUCCACCCCCACCCCUGCUGCCUUGGCCACAGCCCAGUCCCAAACUGAAUCCACCCCCACCCCUGCUGCCUUGGCCACAGCCCAGUCCCCUGACAGACGUCCGGUUCAGGACACCUCGCCACCAACAGCCAAAGUGACUACCUUCCACCAGGAGGCUGUCGAGGACUCUGAUCCAACCCAGGUAAAUAAUAAUAUUAGUGUUUCUCUAGUUUAGCCUUUUGCCUCCAGCACCUUCAUUAAUCAGCUCUGAGUGGGUUGUAGAUUCUGCCUAUUGCCUGUGUGUUUGGUUAAUAAAAUGAUUUGUAAUUUUGCUGAGUAGAUUGAAUCUUACUGAAUUCAAGUUGGUAAUGAAAUGAAAUCUGUUGACCACAUCUACACUGAAACUGAAGACAGUAAAAACAUUGAGAAGCAGGAACUAAAAGAUCUCUCUCCUGCAGGUGACUGAAGAUGAGCAGCACACUGAGCCGGCUCAGAGCCCCCCGAGCCAGCUCUCCUCCCCGGCCGUGGACCCAGUGAACCAGGAUGACAUUUUCUUCAGCAAGCCUGAAGUCCUCCUCAGUGAGAUCAUGGACAGCCAGCCAUACUCAGGGGACUCAACACGUCUACAGAGGUCUGUGUCAGGCCUGGAACCUGCUACGGCUGAUGUGACCAGUCCUGUUGUGGUCCCAGACCCCGUCCCACACCCCGUCCCUACUGCCACCCCUCUGCCAUGUCGGGAGAAUGGCGUUCCAGAGGAAAUAACAGAACCCCUGUCCCAUAACGAGCCCCAAGAGGACACCUACGAGUCCCUCUGCCUGAGCUCCCUGGGGGACCAGGAAGUGCUGCUCAAUGUAGUUCACGUGUCUGAGGACGCCUCCAUCCAGAACAACGACGGCCAGACACCGAGCAUGCUGGGUAUUGUAGUCCACGUGUCCGAGGAGCCAUGUAUCCAGAAUCAGGAUGGCCAAACACAGAGCAUGCUGGGUAAUAAUGAUAUGUGUGUGUCUGAAACCCCCCCGCCAGUUCAGAACCACAACAGCCAAUCCCAGAUCACACCUCUCUCUGGAUCUACAGACCUUGUCCUGUCGUCUGGUCCGAACCAGCACGGCCAAACUGAGGACAGUCUGGGGAAAGCAGUUAGUAAGUCUGAAGAAUCUCCGGGUCUGAUUAUGAUUGGCCAAAACACCUCAACAAAACAUCCUGAUGCUCCUCCCCGAGCUCCUAUUGGCUCUGUCCCCAUCAUCAACGGCUCUUCCUUGGCUGAGAACCAUCAUCUCCUGGAGCCUGUCAUGAUGAAGACCAUGAUGGAGGCUAGCGCUGUCCCUGAACUGAAGCAGAAGCAGGAGGAGAGAGGAGGAGGAGGAGGAAGAGGAGGAGGAGGAAGAGGGAGCUACUACCUUCUGGGGGCUGCUGUAGUGGCCUCAGCCCUGUUCGUGGCCUGGAGGAUGAAGAAAUAA